GUGGCAGCGCACGCUACACCUUGCAGAAUUGGGUGCAACUUUUGUGGCAAAUAAAGUUAAAGUGAAUUGAAUUAAAUUAAAAUCUUCACAGCUAUGUCGCCAUCAAUACUGCGCUUCGGAGUCAUUUUAAUUGUUGUAAUGUUCCUUUUGUCGGCCCAUACAACUACAGCCGGCAACUCGCGUCCGCCACGUAAUAGUGACAUUAGCAAUAUGGCCGAUGCACUCAAAUAUCUACAAGAUUUGGAUACCUACUAUGGUGAUCGCGCGCGUGCGAGAUUCGGCAAACGUGCGCCACUAUUGCUGCUGUUACGUCAACAUCUGUUGGACAAUCCCGAUUUGGCACGUGCAAUUGAGAAUCCUUCGACAGAUGAGUCCUUUUAAAAUGCGUAUAUAUGCAUAGAUUCGUCACUAGUAGCAGUGAAAACACUUAAUUGCAACAACUACGAGUACUUAGAAGAGAAAACAUGUAGCCGCAACUUUGAUGACUUUGAUGACUCUCAAGUAAACAUUUAUUCCUGAAAUUAUUUAAAAUAUAACAUAAGGCUAAUUAAAGUUGAACGUAAUGGACCUGUAAAUUAAUAAAUAAAGAAAGAGUUUCGUUUUUAAAUG